AUGAGCACGGAUGCGGAAAUCGUCAAGGCCGUUGCGGUGCACAUGCAGGACAGGGCCUACAUGGAGUGCCCUCGCUCGAAGGAUCUCCUGUCGCAGCUGUUCCAGAGAUCAGAGCCGAUGAGCUCCACCGCGGUGGACGACUUCGCGCCCCUGGAGCUGCCCGGAGACCUCUGGGACCCCGCCCAGAACGGCGCGAACGCAGAGUUCCGGCGCCACGGCUUCAGGCGCUGGUCCUUCUCCCACGCCGGCGAGGCCGCGGCCCGGGGGCACCCGGCGGUGUCGUGGCCCUGGCCGUGCGGGGACAUCUUCUUCCUCUUCUACCGCGAGGCGCCCUCGGGCGGGAUGGCCAGCAUGGGGAAGGUCGCCGGCCGCCAGCUCACGCGGGGGCGGCUCACGCGGUACGAGCACAGUCUGGACUUCCCGCCGCCCGGGGUCGGGCGCGACGCCGGCGCGUGCGCCGAAUGGUUCAGGGAGGUCUUCUACGCCGUGCCGCCGCGGCCGGCCGACCCGAGCAUGACGUGCCGCGAGGGGUUCCUCUACUCCCUGUCGGCCGCCGGGUACGUGUCCGAGCGGCGCGCGGGUCGGCUCACGUGCGAGGAGUACGCGGCAGCCCUCGUGAAGCGCGCGCGCUACUACAGGUACAUGAACCAGGAGAUGGACCAGAAGGCCGCGGCCAGCGGCGUCGAGGCGAUCGCGCCACUCUACGGCCUGCCGGUUCCCAUGAAGGGGACGGCGGCCGUGGUUCAGUACCCCUCGGGCGCGGGAUGCGGCGUCCUCUCCGGCUACGCCCCCUUUGCCUUCUCGUACCGCACCGCCAACCCGGCGAGCGGCCACACCCGAAACCCGUACGGCCCCAAGCUCACCGUCGGCGGCAGCUCGGGCGGCGCGGCUUCGGCGGUCGCCGCGUACAUCCGGAACCACUUCCCGAACGCGGGCAAUCCAGGCCUGACGUACUUUGCUGACUUCUGCGACCAGCUUGGUCUGAACGCCAGGAGCAUCGAGGACAUCAUACUUCUUGACGCCGCCCUGGGGGAGAGCGGGCGACCGGCCAGGCACGAGGACGCGAGGAGGGCGGUCGCGGAGCGCCCCGCCUCGAGCAUCCGGGUCGGCGCGCCGGCGCGGCCCUUCGCGGUCGGGGAGCGCCUGGAGCUCAACCCCGACGUCAGGCUGAAGCUCGAGGAGGCGAAAGCAGCGCUGGGAGCCGCGGGCUUUGCGGUGCUGGGCCGCGAGUGGCCGGUCAGCGGCGCUGCAAUGGGCACCCGUCGCCACCAGGGCGGCGCCGCCCCGGGCGGCGACGGCCACGAAGGGAACGCCAUCGAGGCGCUGCUGUUCGGCAGCAGGGCCGUCAACGGUGAGCCGCUGUCGGAGGUGCUCGCUGACUGCGGGAAGGCGGGGGCCGCGCAUGAUCCAGGCUCGAUGUUCCGCCUGGCCUGCGGCGCUAACGAGACGCAGCUCAGGUACCUGAUGGGACCUUGGAUCAAGGAGUCGAGCAGGAAAAGUGGCAUGAAAAAAUCAAUGUGUGGAGCUCCGCGCGGGCUUUUUGGACUGGCGCCGUACCUCUCCCUCCCUAGCGAGCGGAGCGUGCCCGGGGCGGCGCCGAUCCAGGAAAGCUGCGCGGAGUUCUGCACAGUUCAGUUCUAUGCAGCGUUUUCUUCGUCUGAGGAGUGCGCCGGGGUUUACAAUUCCUAUUUUGACGAGACAGGGGCGGAUCUGAUCGUCAUCCCGUCCGCAAUGGCGGCUACGCCAGACCUCGAUGCCCUUGCAGGUGCGCAGGUGCCCGUGACGCCCGUCGGAGGGACGGUCGGUGACGUCAAGGGCGACGAGAACGAUGCGUUCGGGAGCAUCAAUUGUACGCUGAAGUUUCUGCACAUCUCUCCCCAAGAUGGUGGUGCCCACGGGGCUCACCCCAGAUGGCCGCCCCACCGCCGUCCAGCUGUGGGGCAGAGCGGUCCCCUACGACAGGAUGUUCGACGACAAGUUCUCGGCCAGCUGGGACGUCGAAUUCCUGCACCUGGCCGAGAGGUUGCCACCGACGUGUCCGCGGCCAUCCAGGGGAGGCCCGGACUGCGGAGGGCCGACGCGGCCCAGUUCGCGCCCCCCGCUCCCCCGCGCGGGUGA